CCCAUCUGACUUUCUCCCUUUUGACUUUCUCCCAACUGACUUCUCCCAUUUGACUUCUCCCAUCUGACUUCUCCCAUCUGACUUCUCCCAUUUGACUUCUCCCAUCUGACUUUCUCCCUUUUGACUUCUCCCAUCUGACUUCUCCCAUUUGACUUCUCCCAUUUGACUUUCUCCCAUCUGACUUUCUCCCUUUUGACUUCUCCCAUCUGACUUCUCCCAUUUGACUUCUCCCAUCUGACUUUCUCCCAACUGACUUCUCCCAUUUGACUUCUCCCAUCUGACUUUCUCCCAACUGACUUCUCCCAUUUGACUUCUCCCAUCUGACUUCUCCCAUUUGACUUCUCCCAUCUGACUUUCUCCCUUUUGACUUCUCCCAUCUGACUUCUCCCAUUUGACUUCUCCCAUUUGACUUUCUCCCAUCUGACUUUCUCCCUUUUGACUUCUCCCAUCUGACUUCUCCCAUUUGACUUCUCCCAUCUGACUUUCUCCCAUCUGACUUCUCCCAUCUGACUUCUCCCAUCUGACUUCUCCCAUCUAACUUCUCCCAUUUGACUUCUUGGAUUUGACGUCUGGACUUCUUGGAUUUGACAUCUGGACUUCUUGGAUUUGACGUCUCAGUUGCAGACUUCUUCAAGUGGACGUGUGCUGGCUGGGAAACAAUCAGGUCCGUGGAAGUUCCCUUCAAAGUCCAGGCGAGACAAAGCGAGGACUAAUCUUGGCACCCGGACCUAUUUUUACCUGCAGGAGCGAUGGGGUAAAAGCAGAAAUCCAACUCCCCUCCUUGUCCAGCGGCCCACCUAGCAGCAUGGCGGGUGGGCUUUGUUCCAGAGACUUGCAGCUCCUCAAAUGGAUCCACAAGAUCAAGGCAGCAAGUUUGUGUUGAAGCACUUGGAAUACCUUCUGGACUGGAUCUUAAUUCCUUGGAUAUGUGUGCUGGACUUCUGCUUUGCUACUUCGGGUGAAAGCCAUCCACAGGAGGACCUCCUUCCUUUGGUCUACCCUAAACAAAGUUCAUAGGCCAUCCACAGGAGGACCUCCUUCCUUUGGUCCACCCUAAACAAAGUUCAUAGGCCAUCCACAGGAGGACCUACUUCCUUUGGUCCACCCUAAACAAAGUUCAUAGGCCAUCCACAGGAGGACCUCCUUCCGCUGGUCUACCCUAAACAAAGUUCAUAGGCCAUCCACAGGAGGACCUCCUUCCUCUGGUCUACCCUAAACAAAGUUCAUAGGCCAUCCACAGGAGGACCUCCUUCCUCUGGUCUACCCUAAACAAAGUUCAUAGGCCAUCCAUAGAGGGACCUACUUCCUCUGGUCUAGCCUAAACAAAGUUCACAGGUCAUCCAUAGAGGGACCUACUUCCUCUGGUGUAGCCUAAACAAAGUUCACAGGUCAUCCACAGAGGGACCUACUUCCUCUGGUGUAGCCUAAACAAAGUUCAUAGGUCAUCCAUAGAGGGACCUACUUCCUCUGGUCUGCCUAAAGAAAGUUCAUAGGUCAUCCAUAGAGGGACCUACUUCCUCUGGUCUAGCCUAAAGAAAGUUCAUAGGUCAUCCAUAGAGGGACCUACUUCCUCUGGUCUGCCUAAAGAAAGUUCAUAAGCCAUCCAUAGAGGGACCUACUUCCUCUGGUCUAGCCUAAAGAAAGUUCAUAGGUCAUCCAUAGAGGGACCUACUUCCUCUGGUCUGCCUAAAGAAAGUUCCAUUCAACCCUGACAAACCAAAAAUGCUCCUGUCCUCAUCCUCCAGGGAAACAUAACACCUUCUCAUCAAGAACUCCACAAAGUGUUCCAAUCUUUAUAUUUGUAAGUCCUACUGAACACCACUUGGUUGCCUUAGAAACCACGCUAACGAGGGAGGAAGCUAGCGGAGACGGUGCCUUUGGAUUUGACUUGCCACCUUUUGGAGAUUUACCCUGUCAGCAACUGUGGAGUGGAACACACCUGAUGGAGGCUGCACACCACUUGCUUUGACUUGGCUUUCCCUUCUGGAUUGAGCGUUGGCCAAGCGUUUCCAUGGUGAUCACAUCAUCAUCUGUGGAGGACAAGACCGCGCCCCCCUGCAGGAUGGUCCAAUCACAGCCUUGGAUCACCUCUGCCCUGCAUCGCGACAACAAAAGUGGAAGCAGCUCAGGAUGUCCGCCCACCACCUCUUCCUCCUCCUCCUCCUCCUCCUCCUCCUCCUCCUCUACUGCCCAGGGCUUCUCCCUCGCUGAGCCAGCCAUGACCAGCCAGCACUCGCACACACACCCCUCCUUUAGCUCCAUCCACUCCAUGGCCGAGCAGCAGCAGGUGCUGUCUGACAUGACCAUACUCCAGCGGAGGAUCCCCCCCACCUUCCGAGAGCCCGCCACUGCCCCCUUGAGGAAACUCUCUGUAGACCUCAUCAAGACUUACAAGCACAUCAAUGAGGUGUACUACACCAAGAAGAAGAGGCGGGCCCAGCAGGUAGCUCCACCAGAAGACAGCAGCAGCAAGAAGGAGAGGAAGGUGUACAACGAGGGGUAUGAUGAUGACAACUAUGACUACCUGGUGAAGAAUGGAGAGAAGUGGCUGGACCGCUAUGAGAUUGACUCCUUGAUUGGGAAGGGAUCCUUUGGACAGGUGGUGAAGGCGUACGACCACCAUGAGCAGGAGUGGGUGGCCAUCAAGAUCAUCAAGAACAAAAAGGCUUUCCUCAACCAGGCUCAGAUUGAACUUCGCCUUUUGGAGCUGAUGAACAAACAUGACACUGAGAUGAAAUAUUAUAUUGUCCACCUGAAGCGUCACUUUAUGUUCCGGAACCAUCUUUGUUUGGUGUUUGAGUUGUUGAGCUACAAUUUGUAUGACCUGCUGAGGAACACCAACUUCAGAGGAGUCUCUCUCAACCUCACUCGCAAGUUUGCACAGCAGCUCUGUACAGCACUAUUAUUCCUGGCCACACCAGAACUGUCCAUCAUCCACUGCGACUUGAAGCCAGAGAACAUCCUGCUGUGUAACCCCAAGAGGUCUGCCAUCAAGAUUGUGGACUUUGGAUCGUCCUGCCAGCUGGGCCAGAGGAUCUACCAGUACAUCCAGAGCAGGUUCUACCGCUCCCCUGAGGUUCUUCUGGGAAUGCCCUACGACCUGGCCAUCGACAUGUGGUCUCUGGGAUGCAUCCUGGUGGAGAUGCACACUGGAGAACCUCUCUUCAGUGGUUCUAACGAGGUUGACCAGAUGAACAAGAUCGUAGAAGUUCUGGGGGUGCCUGCCAGUCACAUGUUGGAUGCAGCUCCUAAAGCCAGGAAGUAUUUUGACAAGUUGUCAGACGGUCUGUGGACUGUCAAGAAGAACAAGGACAUCAAGAAGGAGUACAAGCCCCCAGCCACGCGGCGUCUUCACGAGAUCCUGGGUGUGGAGACCGGGGGUCCUGGGGGGCGGAGAGCAGGAGAGGCAGGACACGCCCCCUGUGACUACCUGAAGUUUAAAGACCUGAUCCUGCGCAUGCUGGACUACGACCCCAAGAGCCGCAUCACUCCAUUCUACGCCCUGCAGCACAACUUCUUCAAGAAGACCACCGAUGAAGGAACCAACACCAGUUCCUCCACAUCCACCUCCCCCGCCAUGGACCACUCCCACUCCACCUCUACUACCAGCUCCGUUUCUAGCUCUGGUGGCUCCAGUGGUUCCUCCAACGACAACCGCAAUUAUCGCUAUAGCAACCGCUACUACAACUCUGCUGUGACACAUUCAGACUAUGAGAUGACCAGCCCUCAGCAGAUGAGGAUGUGGCCCAGCAGCAGCGACGGAGGAGGCGGAGUCGGAGGCGGGGCCCAGGAGGGCGGGGCCUACACGCAGCUGCUGCUUCAUAAGCCCGCCCCCUCCCAGCAGCACCAGCGUCACUUCCUGGAGCAGCCCCACCCCCACCACCCCCACCCCACCUACGCCCACCACGGCAACGGCGGGCGCCUGCGGCAGAGCGGACAGAGCGCGGCGGUGGGCGGCGGCCAGCAGGGGGCGUCGCCCCAAAUGAGCGAUAGUAUGGAUGUGGGCGUGUCCCUAGGGCUGCACCACCUGGGGGCGGUGUCUUCCAUGGAGGCGUCUCAGUUUGGCUCCGCCUCCCUGCCCGUCGGACUGUCGGCCUUCCGGACUCGCACGGCCCCCGCCGCCCCGGGGCCGCAAGCCCCGCCCCCUGAGGACUACUACCCCGCCUCCAACAACAAUAACCUGGCGGCGGGCGGCCGAGGGAGGCCGGACUCGGACGAGGGAGCGGCCAACUCUUGAUAAAAGCUCAAGUGCGCCCUAAAGCCCUAAAGCCCUAAAGCCAUAGCCGGACGCCAUCUUCUUGUGGCUGGGACUGCAUGACAGGAGAGGAGGAUGCUGGGAAAUUUAUCAUCACUCGCUUUCUUUCGCCAACCUGUCAGCCCGGGGGAGGGGAGCGAAGAGGAGGAGGAGGGGAGGUUGAUGUUUGUA